AUGGUCCAGCGGACGCAUCUCCUGCCAACAAUAAAAUUCACGAAAGACAGGGGCUAUGAUGUUAAGCCUGGAGAUUUAGUGAGAGUUGUUCGUGGGCCGGAGUAUCAGACAACAGGGGUCAUACAGAGUGUCAACAUUCCAAACACUCGCUUGACAAUACUAUCGGACAGCGAUCAUACACUCAUUGAUGUACCAAUCGGAUUCGUGUUGAAGUUAUGCAACACAAGCGUGGACAAAUUCAAACAUGUAAUUAAUAAAGAAGUAUUCAUUAUUGGAGGUAGCCUGAAGGGCUAUCGAGCUACUCUGUGCGAUAUUGGGCAGGGGAAUUGCACCGUUGCUAUACACGGGCAGAAGCGUACAGUACUCAAACGUCCUGAUGUUGUCACCAGUUAUGGAAUGAGACUAAACAGUUUGAUACUCGAAGAGCACGAUCUACUUACAUUCUGUGACAUCCGAACAAAAUCGUAUGUGAAGGCGCCAUCUCGAGGCGUCACACCCCCACCCGAAAAAAUAGUUCCCUUGAGCUCGAACACUGAUGCUAUUCCGUCGUCUUCUAACAUCUUAUCCCACUGGACCUCCAGGCCCGAGGAUAUCGACAUAGCACUCAAUCAGUCACCAAACAUCAAUCCUAGUUCAGCAUCUGACCCUUGGACUACCCACGAGGAUGACAUCCAGGACAGCCCACUUCCCUGGUUGAUGAAGAAGGAGUUUUCUUCGGUGUUACUCAAGCACCAUGCAUUGUUCAAAGUCUCUCUGAGCUUUGAUUAUGGCAGAUUAUCGAAACGAUUCAUAUCAACUGCAUGUCCUGACCCCUUCUACGGUGCUAAUGGACCUGCACCCGAGGGUUGUGUUGCAGCAUUCUGCACAUCCAAUGGUGCAGGCGCUCAGAUUAUCCACUAUCACAUUCCCGCCAGUGAUCUCAGUCCGGCUCAUCCACGCAAAAAGAACCAACUUUGCCUUAUUUUGGACGGGGAGUAUCGCGGACUUGUCCUACCUGUGGCGAAGUGUAACAAGAAUCUCAAGACUGUUGAGAUUUUGAUGAUGGCUUCAAGUACGAUUACAUUCACUCUGCAUUUCAAUCAGAUAUGUCUCGUGGAACCUAGUGUGCAAUACCAGUAG